UUUUCAUCCCGUGGGCAGAGGGACAACCAGGAACUCUGGCUCAGUCUCCACCCCAGGACGGGGCGGGUCCUGUCGGCCCGAACGAGGGUGUGGCAGCCGCAGUAGGCUCACAGCCGGUCUCCGCGCGGGAGGAACUUCUGCCGAGGUGACUGAACUCCCAACGUGACCUACAGCCAUGGCCACCAAAGGGGGAACUGUGAAAGCUGCUUCAGGAUUCAAUGCAGUUGAAGAUGCCCAGACCCUGAGGAAGGCCAUGAAGGGACUUGGUACCGAUGAAGAUGCCAUUAUUGGAGUCCUGGCCUACCGCAACACUGCCCAACGUCAGGAAAUUAGGACUGCUUACAAGAGCAACAUCGGCAGGGACCUGAUGGAUGACUUGAAAUCAGAGCUGAGCAGCAACUUUGAGGAGGUGAUUUUGGGGAUGAUGACACCCACGGUGCUGUACGAUGUGCAGGAGCUGCGGAAAGCCAUGAAGGGGGCUGGCACAGAUGAGGGCUGCCUGAUUGAGAUCCUGGCUUCUCGUACCCCUGAGGAGAUCCGUCGCAUCAACCAGACAUACCAGCAGCAAUAUGGAAGAAGCCUUGAAGAGGACAUCUGCUCUGACACAUCCUUCAUGUUCCAGCGAGUACUGGUGUCCCUGUCAGCGGGUGGCAGGGAUGAAGGGAAUUACCUGGAUGAUGCGCUUAUGAGGCAGGACGCCCAGGACCUGUUUGAGGCUGGAGAGAAGAGAUGGGGGACAGACGAGGUGAAGUUCCUAAGCAUCCUCUGCUCCCGGAACCGGAACCAUCUGCUGCACGUGUUUGAUGAAUACAAAAGGAUCUCCCAGAAGGACAUCGAGCAGAGUAUUAAAUCUGAGACAUCGGGGAGCUUUGAAGAUGCCCUGCUGGCUAUAGUGAAGUGCAUAAGGAACAAACCUGCAUAUUUUGCUGAAAGGCUUUAUAAAUCCAUGAAGGGCUUAGGCACUGAUGACAGCACCCUCAUCAGAGUGAUGGUUUCUCGAGCAGAGAUUGACAUGCUGGACAUCCGGGCUAACUUCAAGAGGCUCUAUGGGAAGUCUUUGUACUCUUUCAUCAAGGGCGACACUUCCGGAGACUACAGAAAAGUUCUCCUCAUUCUUUGCGGAGGAGAUGAUUAAAACAAGACCCAGGACAGAAGGCUUAUUAACGCUGAUUUUUUUAAACUUCAUUUUUCUGCACUGCUAUUAACAUUAUCUCAAAUGCUUAUUUCCAAUUAAAACGCCUCCAGUUGCCUCCUAUGAUCUAGGCUGUGUUAUUAUCGUCUAUAAUUAGUCAUUUUGAUGCCUUAAACCUGUACUUUCAAAGCUUUUAAGACCUAAAUAGAGAUUUAGAAUUAGAAAUUAAAAUGUUCUCCAUGUCUGUAACAGAUUAUUUCCUCAUUUGUGUUUUGCGGAGAUUGGAUGCACUGAUUCCUUUUGGAUUUUCUUUUCAGUAAGAAUUUUACAGGACAGAAGUAUUCUCUUCCCUGGGCAGCCAAUCAUUUCUUCAUGUGGGAGCCUGGGCAUCUGUUACUGAUAAUUUUCACCCGAUUUCCUAUUUUGCACAGCUGUGGAUUGAAGUUCCCAUGAGCCUCCUUUCUUUGACUAUAUCCAUCAUGUUAACUGCUAAGUACUGUGUUUGGUGUGGCAGGCUUCGUGUCCCCUUGCACUGAGACCACCUUCUCCCCAAGAAAUGUAGCAAAAUCACCAACUCUGCAAACAAGUUCAAUCUCAAGAGUGGCUGAGUGGAGCCCAGGAGUCUGGGCGUCACACACCAAGCACUGCACAGUCUUAGGGCUCCUGUCCCAACCUUGCUCAAAGGUGAUGGGAAAGAGCAAGACUCGGAUGAGGUUCUGGUUCACAAUGCUUUGGGUUGUGGCUAACCUAAGGGAAUUUUUUCUUCAGUUAAAAAUAAUCUCUUUAGAUUGUUGAUUUGAUUCCCACUGUGCCUUUUUGAUCCUGCAAUCAUUCAGACAUGGUGCUUGCAUGUAAUCAUGAAAUUUGGUUUGUAUACAACCUGAGAAAUUUUUAAUUAAAAAACAGUGACUUUA